AUGUUUCGGCUUAGUUACCGAGCAAGUUGCCGGAUUCUCGCAGGCUGUAUACUGCUUUUUAUUUUCCUUAUCAACAAGAAUUUGUCACACCGUGUCCUCUUCCGUCACCCACCUGCUGACCUAACUCUGGUGGAACCAAUUCCUCAAAAGAUUUGGCAGAUUUAUUUCCCUCCAGAAGGAGGAGACCAUCAUGACCAGUUACGAUAUGUGGACGAGUGGAAGAAGAAUUCCAAAGAUUUCACAUACACUCUCGUGGGUGACGAGUUGGGAGAUGCUUUUGUUUCGGAGCACUUCGACGCUGAAGUCGCCAAAACAUACAAAUUAUUGCGCAAUCCGGCCAUGAAAUCGGACUUCCUACGAUAUCUAUUGCUCUCAGCAGAAGGCGGCUACUAUAGCGAUCUGGACACUCGUCCUGUGAAACCCCUGGACGAAUGGCUGCCUCUAGAAUACAAAUCUAGAAUUCGUCUAAUGAUCGCCCCAGAGCAUGACGAUGGCAUUAAUUCAUUGGGCAAGUGGCCUCAUCCAGUCCAAUUCUGCCAAUGGACUAUUGUAGCAGCGCCUGGACAUCUUGCAUUGAAGCAAAUGGUGCGACGAGCAUUAGAGGGACUUCAGGACUUGGCAGCUGUUCAGGGCGUUGAGAUCAACGAUCUGCGUCCCUCGAGCGCUCAGGUCUGGAACGCCACGGGACCGCCGGCGUGGACGGAAGUUAUCUUCGAGAACAUCAAGAAGGCGGCGCCGGAAAUUCAGACCUAUCAUGACUUGUCGCGUUUCGCCGAACCAAGGGUCUUUGGCGACAUCCUGCUUCUUCCUAUGGAUGCCUUCAUGACGCUUUCGGCGGAAAUGCGCGUCUUGGAAGGGGCUGGAUCUCAUCAACUCGUUCACCAUGACUUUGCUGGUGCUUGGAAGACGUCCUAG